AUGAGGCACAUUCACGUAGAACUGACGGGUGGCAGCAAGGAGGAGCUUGCUCCGGUGGAGCUUCCAUCCCACGAGGGGGACCUAUCUCCUCCCGAGGCCCCCUCACAGGGCCCCGAUCCUGGUGUGAUGGUCGGGGUGGGUGUUUCCAGGCACUUCGGUCAGGAGCAGCUGCGUCUCCAGAAGGUCUACCAGCUCUCCAUCUUCUCCCAGCUGGGGGGGUUCUCAUCCUCCGAACCCCCCAGGACCAGUGAGGCCCAGCCGGGACAGGCCCAGCGGACGGCCAGGCCGGGGGUCAAGAGGGGCCUGGAGGAGCCCAAGCUCAGCCACAAAUGGCCCCACCUGGCUGGGGACACAUACAGAGACGGUGACGCCCUGGAAGGAGGGGUUCUGUGUGGGCCAGGGCCAGGACCUGGGGUAGGGGUUGGGAUGGUUGUGGGGCAGGGCCAGGUAUUCUCCUGCAUCAUGGUGGAUCACAGAGACUCAGAUGGGGACUUGUCUCCUAGAUCCCCCCCACCUGCCCCCCUCUCCCCCGGCCACACCCCCGCCCGACGCCCCGCCCAGCACAACCACGACAGGCCCGUCCCGGACCCGUGGGCCCCGCUGUCGCCCAAAUCACCCCCCAUGGUUGAGCCCCACAGCCCCCCUGGCUCCCGCAGCCCCUUACCCAGCACGGAGCCUCCUUCUGGGGGAGACGCUCCGGCCUGCUCCCUGGGCGAUCCUGGAGGGUCCGGGGAGGGCUGCAGUAGUGGCUCCUCAUCGAGACAGCCCAACUCCUGCACUGACAAGGAUUCCUAUUGGGCCCUCGGAGCCUUCGACACACCCAACCCCCCUGGACCUCCCCUCGGACCUACAGGCUCCCUCUCCCCCCGCUCCCUUCUCACCACAGUCCCCCAGGAACCCGGGGAGGGCAGAGAGUGCGGGGCCGAACAGGAGUCCUCCCCGCCCCAUCCCAGUGCCACCGCCUCCACCAACGACCUGGCCUCCCUGGAGAAGACCCCCAGCACCAGCGGGUUCCGUGGGGUCCCCUCGGGCCCCUGGCAGGCUAAGAAGAAACGUAUAUCCUCUAGCGACACAGCGGAGUCGUGUUCGGAGGAUGAGGGCCCCUCUACCUCUAAGAGGAGCCGUCUUGCACUGCUGGCCCCUGGCUUAGGGCUGGCCUCCUGCAGGGGCACCGAUGCCAAGGCUGCCCCCUUCUGGAACCACCUGCUGCCUAAUGCACAGGGCAGGGACCACCCCAAGGUGAGGAGUACAGACUAGCACACACACUAAACUAUACACUGCUCAUAGUUUGGGCUAUCAGGCGUGUCAUUGUGGCAGGCAGCUUCCCUUUAAUGUAACACUCAUUUCACAGCCGAGUGGCUCCAGAAUGAAGUCUAUUGAGGGAACCUCUAUUGUUCUCCCUGCACUACAUGUGUUCUGCCUGCCUGUGUCACUGUUGCCCCAAUAGAACCCCCCUACAAAACCACACAGGUCUUUCUGCCUCCCCCGUUCAGAUACCGACCUGUUGGCUUGCAGAAACACUUUGGCUGUGUCCCAAAUGGCACCCUAUUCACUAUUCCGUGCACUACUUUUGAAUAGCCAGAGGGCUCUGGUCAACAGUAGUGUACUACAUAGGGAAUAGGGUGCCAUUUGGGAAGGAGAGAGACAGACAGGGCGAGACUAGAGAGACAGACAGGGAGAGACAGAGAGACAGACAGUGAGAGACUAGAGGGAGAGAGACAGUGAGAGAGGGAGGGAGACAGACUGAGAGACUAGAAGUAGAGAGACGGACAGGGAGAGGCAGAGAGACAGACGGAGAGGCAGAGAGACAGACGGAGAGGCAGAGAGACGGGCAGAGAGACAGACAGGGAGAGGCAGAGAGACAGACAGGGAGAGGCAGAGGCAGGAGAGACAGACGGGAGAGGCAGAGAGACAAGACAGGGAGAGGCAGAGAGACGACAGGGAGAGGCAGAGAGGCAGAGGCAGAGAGGCAGACAGGGAGAGGCAGAGAGGCAGACAGGGAGAGGCAGAGAGGCAGACAGGGAGAGGCAGAGAGACAGACAGGGAGAGGCAGAGAGACAGAGAGACAGAGGCAGAGAGACAGAGGCAGAGAGAGACAGACAGGGAGAGGCAGAGAGACAGACAGGGAGAGGCAGAGAGACAGACAGGGAGAGGCAGACGCAGAGAGGCAGACAAGGAGAGGCAGAGAGAAAGACAGGGAGAGGCAGAGAGACAGACAGGGAGAGGCAGACGCAGAGAGGCAGACAAGGAGAGGCAGAGAGACAGACAGGGAGAGGCAGACAGGGAGAGGCAGAGAGACAGACAGGGAGAGGCAGAGAGACAGACAGGGAGAGGCAGAGAGACAGACAGGGAGAGGCAGACAGGGAGAGGCAGAGAGACAGACAGGGAGAGGCAGAGAGACAGACAGGGAGAGGCAGAGGGACAGACAGGGAGAGGCAGAGGGACAGACAGGGAGAGGCAGAGGGACAGACAGGGAGAGGCAGAGAGACAGACAGGGAGAGGCAGAGAGACAGACAGGGAGAGGCAGAGAGACAGACAGGGAGAGGCAGAGAGACAGACAGGGAGAGGCAGAGAGACAGACAGGGAGAGGCAGAGAGACAGAGGCAGAGAGACAGACAGGGAGAGGCAGAGAGACAGACAGGGAGAGACAGAGGCAGAGAGACAGACAGGGAGAGACAGACAGGGAGAGGCAGAGAGACAGACAGGGAGAGGUAGAGAGACAGACAGGGAGAGGUAGAGAGGCAGACAAGGAGAGGCAGACAAGGAGAGGCAGAGAGACAGACAGGGAGAGGCAGAGAGACAGACAGGGAUAGGCAGACGCAGAGAGGCAGACAAGGAGAGGCAGAGAGACAGACAGGGAGAGGCAGAGGGACAGACAGGGAGAGGCAGAGGGACAGACAGGGAGAGGCAGAGGGACAGACAGGGAGAGGCAGAGGGACAGACAGGGAGAGGCAGAGGGACAGACAGGGAGAGGCAGAGAGACAGACAGGGAGAGGCAGAGAGACAGACAGGGAGAGGCAGAGAGAGAGAGAGAGAGAGAGAGACAGACUGGGAGAGAGAGAGAGACACAGACAGGGAGCGACUGGAUGGAGACAGACAGACAGACAGAGACUAGAGAGAGAGAGACAGAGAGAGAGAAGGAGGGAAGGAUACAGAGGUGAAAGGUGAAGGAGACUGACAGAGAGAGAGAGGUGGAGGGGAAACGAGGUAGUGCGUAUAACAUGUCCACAGUGAGUGAGAGUGAGAGGGUGGCCGAGCUGACAGAGCCCCAGUAAAGGGGCUAGCUACUGAGGGGCUAGCUAGAGAGGGGCUAGCUACUGAGGGAUUAGCUAGAGAGGGGCUAGCUACUGAGGGGCUAGCUACUGAGGGAUUAGCUAGAGAGGGGCUAGCUACUGAGGGAUUAGCUAGAGAGGGGCUAGCUACUGAGGGAUUAGCUAGAGAGGGGCUAGCUACUGAGGGAUUAGCUAGAGAGGGGCUAGCUACUGAGGGAUUAGCUAGAGAGGGGCUAGCUACUGAGGGAUUAGCUAGAGAGGGGCUAGCUACUGAGGGGCUAGCUAGAGAGGAACUAGCUACUGAGGGAUUAGCUAGAGAGGGGCUAGCUACUGAGGGGCUAGCUACUGAGGGAUUAGCUAGAGAGGGGCUAGCUACUGAGGGAUUAGCUAGAGAGGGGCUAGCUACUGAGGGAUUAGCUAGAGAGGGGCUAGCUACUGAGGGAUUAGCUAGAGAGGGGCUAGCCAGUGAGGGCCUAGCUACUGAGGGAUUAGCUAGAGAAGAACUAGCCAGUGAGAGGCUAGCUACUGAGGGAUUAGUUAGAGAGGGGCUAGCCAGUGAGGGCCUAGCUACUGAGGGAUUAGCUAGAGAGAGGCUAGCUACUGAGGGAUUAGCUAGAGAGAGGCUAGCUACUGAGGGAUUAGCUAGAGAGGGGCUAGCCAGUGAGGGCCUAGCUACUGAGGGAUUAGCUAGAGAAGAACUAGCCAGUGAGAGGCUAGCUACUGAGGGAUUAGCUAGAGAGAGGCUAGCUACUGAGGGAUUAGCUAGAGAGGGGCAAACUACUGAGGGAUUAGCUAGAGAGGGGCUAGCCAGUGAGAGGUUAGCUACUGAUAGGAUAGCUAGAGAGGGGCUAGCCAGUGAGAGGCUAGCUACUGAGGGAUUAGCUAGAGAGGGGCUAGCUACAGAGGGAUUAGCUAGAGAGAGGCUAGCUACUGAGGGAUUAGCUAGAGAGGGGCUAGCUACUGAGGGAUUAGCUAGAGAGGAGCUAGCCACUGAGGGAUUAGCUAGAGAGGGGCUAGCCAGUGAGAGGUUAGCUACUGAGAGGAUAGCUAGAGAGGGGUUAGCUACUGAGGGAUUAGCUAGAGAGGGGCUAGCUACUGAGGGAUUAGCUAGAGAGGGGCUAGCUACUGAGGGAUUAGCUAGAGAGGGGCUAGCUACUGAGGGAUUAGCUAGAGAGGGGCUAGCUACUGAGGGAUUAGCUAGAGAGGGGCUAGCCAGUGAGAGGUUAGCUACUGAUAGGAUAGCUAGAGAGGGGCUAGCCAGUGAGAGGCUAGCUACUGAGGGAUUAGCUAGAGAGGGGCUAGCUACAGAGGGAUUAGCUAGAGAGAGGCUAGCUACUGAGGGAUUAGCUAGAGAGGGGCUAGCUACUGAGGGAUUAGCUAGAGAGGAGCUAGCCACUGAGGGAUUAGCUAGAGAGGGGCUAGCCAGUGAGAGGUUAGCUACUGAGAGGAUAGCUAGAGAGGGGUUAGCUACUGUGGGGCUAGCUAGAGAGGGGCUAGCUACAGAGGGAUUAGCUAGAGAGAGGCUAGCUAGUGAGGGAUUAGCUAGAGAGGAGCUAGCUACUGAGGGAUUAGCUAGAGAGGGGCUAGCCAGUGAGAGGUUAGCUACUGAGAGGAUAGCUAGAGAGGGGUUAGCUACUGUGGGGCUAGCUACUGAGGGGAUAGCUACAGAGGGGUUAGCCUGGGAAGGGUCAGUGCCAGCCAGGACUGGGUACCCGCAUCCCUAGUAUGAGCAGUAGUUUGGACAGGGUACCCCCUAGUAUGAGCAGUAGUUUGGACAGGGUACCCCCUAGUAUGAGCAGUAGUUUGGACAGGGUACCCCCUAGUAUGAGCAGUAGUUUGGACAGGGUACCCCCUAGUAUGAGCAGUAGUCUGGACAGGGUACCCCCUAGUAUGAGCAGUAGUCUGGACAGGGUACCCCCUAGUAUGAGCAGUAGUCUGGACAGGGUACCCCCUAGUAUGAGCAGUAGUUUGGACAGGGUACCCCCUAGUAUGAGCAGUAGUCUGGACAGGGUACCCCCUAGUGUGAGCAGUAGUCUGGACAGGGUACCCCUAGUAUGAGCAGUAGUCUGGACAGGGUACCCCCUAGUAUGAGCAGUAGAUUGGACAGGUACCCCCUAGUAUGAGCAGUAGUCUGGACAGGGUACCCCCUAGUAUGAGCAGUAGUCUGGACAGGGUACCCCCUAGUAUGAGCAGUAGUCUGGACAGGGUACCCCCCUAGUAUGAGCAGUAGAUUGGACAGGGUACCCCCUAGUAUGAGCAGUAGUCUGGACAGGGUACCCCCCUAGUAUGAGCAGUAGUCUGGACAGGGUACCCCCUAGUAUGAGCAGUAGAUUGGACAGGGUACCCCCCUAGAAUGAGCAGUAGAUUGGACAGGGGUACCCCCUAGUAUGAGCAGUAGUCUGGACAGGGUCCCCCCUAGUAUGAGCAGUAGUCUGGACAGGGUACCCCCUAGUAUGAGCAGUAGUCUGGACUGGGUACCACCUAGUAUGAGCAGUAGUCUGGACAGGGUACCCCCUAGUAUGAGCAGUAGUCCUGGACAGGGUACCCCCUAGUAUGAGCAGUAGUCUGGACAGGGUACCCCCUAGUAUGAGCAGUAGUCUGGACAGGGUACCCCCUAGUAUGAGCAGUAGUCUGGACAGGGUACCCCCUAGUAUGAGCAGUAGUCUGGACAGGAUACCCCCCUAGUAUGAGCAGUAGUUUGGACAGGGUACCCCCUAG